AGGUGACACGCGCGCUGCCGCGCGAGAUUCAGCGAGUGAGCGAGAGACAUCGUAUGCAUGCUAUAUAUGUAUGUCAUCGAGGUGGUGUGCUCGUCGCUCAGAUUCGUAUAUGCGGGAGCUGUUAAAUAUUAAUAACGCCACGGAUGUUUUUGCCGGAAUGACGUACGAGUGACGGACCGGGACCGAUCGGCGAUGUGUCGCAGACGCCCGGACGGCAGCUAGAAUGCGCACCCGUGCUCGGCACUUAACGUACGAAUUGCAAAUAAGCCGAGCGCCCGAUGGACGCGGCCAUGUUUCCUGCUAGCAGAAAUCCUGUCCAUUAAUAAUUCGCUAAUCGUGGACCACGAAGUGGAGCGUGCAGAAUGCCGAAAUGCGAUGUGAAGACAAGGUAUCUACCAGCUACGUUCGCGUGGACGGUCCUACUCGGCACUACGGCGCUCUUCUUCAUUUUCCCAUGCUCGAACUACUAUGUCUCCCAGUGGGGGUUGUGGGUGCCAGCUGUGGAAGGAGUCAUCACCUUCUUUGUGGUGAUAAACUUCUCUCUAGCGACAUUUAUGGACCCUGGUGUUAUACCGAAAGCACCUCCUGACGAAGAUCGGGAAGAUGACUUUCGAGCUCCGUUGUACAAGAGCGUUGAGAUCAAUGGCAUUACAGUGCGUAUGAAGUGGUGUGUCACCUGUAAGUUUUAUCGACCUCCACGUUGCUCACAUUGCAGUGUCUGCAAUCAUUGUAUCGAGACAUUCGAUCAUCACUGCCCAUGGGUAAACAACUGCAUUGGUAGGAGGAAUUACAGAUAUUUCUUCUUCUUUCUUCUGUCACUCAGUAUACAUAUGUUCUGUAUAUUUGGACUUUGUCUGUACUAUGUCUUGCAGCAUAAACAACAACUGAGUGAAGUUAAUACUAUUGUCGCACUCGUGCUCAUGGGAGUGAUAGUGCUCUUAUUCAUUCCAAUCUUUGGACUGACGGGCUUUCAUGUAGUCCUUGUUUCUAGAGGACGAACCACUAAUGAACAGGUAACAGGCAAAUUUAACGGGGGCUACAAUCCUUUUUCUCGAGGUUUUCUACACAACUGCUGUUACACACAAUUUGGACCACAAUACCCAAGGUAUUGCAAGGAAGCAAGUUUACUUAAGCCUGAAAAGUAUUCAGGGAAGCGACGUGGAGCUUGCGCAUCAGAGAUAUCUACUAUAGGCAGUGAGAACCAGGUAAAGACCUACAUGGAUAGCAGCAAUGGUGUUAGAAAUGCCAGUUCAAAUGCUUACAAUAAGUUAUCUCCCGGACGAGACGGAUCGGACACGGACAUGGAACCAACGGCGUCUCAAUCCGCGGACUGUGAGCCUACGCCGCCGCUGCAAAGACACGGUUCGAAAAGCAAUUUCUUCCUGCCACCUGUGGAAAACAAUGAAUCUCCCAGACAUCCUCCGCCGUCGCAACACCGCCAUCCAAUACAUUAUCCUAGAGGCAGUCCGCAUCCAAGGCCAAGAGGGAUGAAUGGAUCUCGAAGUCACACGCCCGACCCGUUAUCGCCGGAGACGAGUGGCUCGCCCGCCACGGUCCCUCAACGUAGUCAGAGUGGCGCCAGUCCGACGAUGCAGCAACGCAUCAAAGCUAUUGGAGUGCCCACUCCGCUUGCCAUAUCCAGUCCUAUACGAAGAUCAAACCCGGGUACACCGACGCAGGUUCGUCGGCCGGAUUUUAUAGGCGUGAGCGACGCGCCGACGUAUUACGAUGUACAGCAAGGAAACAAUACAGGGGUCGGUGUGACCGGCCCCGUCGGCAUCACCGGCUACAGUCCGCAGCGGCGUUUCCUGUCGGAGAGCGAGCUCGUGCGACAGGGCACCGAUCAUCCGUACUCGAGGACCAACAACACCGUCGACAACAUACGCGAGCUGGCGGGCUCGCCGCAACGCGGCGUCUACAUGUGGAAGGACAACUCACCCGGCAGCUAUCCCGGUCCGCCCGGCGGCGGUGCGGUGAGCGGCGCGCCGCAUCAGUCGCCGUCGCAGCGACCGCCGCCGUACGACUACUACCGCUCCAACCCCACGAGUCCGACCCAGCAGUCGCAGUACGCGAUGAACGCACCCAGAGCAGCAUAUCAUCCAGCGAUACGAGGUGGAGUGCCAGUCUUCCCGCCGCAUCAGCCGCACCAGUCGCCGCAAGUUAAGCGGAAAGCGACCACGAUGGCGACGCCCACCACGCCGACCUCGGGGGACGCGCGACGCCGACCGAUGUCUUUCGUCAGAGCCCUCGAGAUGACCGAUUCCAUGGAGAUGGUCUCGGCGCCUAACGAUCCACGAUCGCAAAGACCGACGACGCCGACGCCGGACCGGGCGAGCGUGUACGAUAUGAACUACGAGAUAUCCGUAUAGCCCAGCUUUCCGGUCUCCGCACCAUCCUGCGGCUGGACGGAGAUUCUACGAGCGCCGCCGAGCAAUCUGCGCGUCUCACGCUCUAACGAAGAGAGAAUGUAUGCCGCUUAUGAGAUAUCCGUCUGAAUUCUUCCGCGAACGAAUGCAGUUACGCCCGUUUGACGUCGCGUGGACGCGUUCAAUUGAAACGCGAACCCGCGGCUGAUUCUUCAAGCUUUACAUUUGUUGCCGUGGGAUCGCGCCGUUAUUCUUGCAAUGCGAACGUCAGACUUGUUGCAGCAAAUCAGCGCGACACACGCGCGAUGUGUACAUUUCGUCGUUAGUGAUGUGUGUGUGUGUGUGUGUGUGUGUGCGCGUAUCGCGAUUGACAGUACGUACAGCACUCUCAAGUCGAUACGUCCGCUGACUAGCAACCGGAAUUUAAUUCACUGUGCAUUCAUACCGAAGCAGUAAUUGUACAAGCCUUUGUUUCUCCGAUUCUUCCUUCGGCACUGGAAUCUUGCAGUGCGACACGACAGUAGAGAACUUGCAUUUUACGCAAGGUGCACCAAUGACACGCGAGUAUCCUGUCGUAACAGUAAAUAUCAUUAAUUUAGUCGUUGUGAAUGGAGUAAACAAUAGAUUCCAUGUAGCAGCGAAGUAUGUCCGUUACGUUGAGAAUAACAGCAUUCGGUCCGACUGACGAUCCGAAUUAACGAGUCACGGAGGCGUCAACGAAAGUAUAUCCCGAGCGCACAGAGGUUGAUCUUUAUUGGAAUCCUUACCGAUAAAUCGGCCCUCUCGCUUGACAGAAGCAAUUAUAUUUUUUAGUACACGUUUAAGGUCAGUUUAGAUUUUUAUACAAUGACACCGUGACUCACCCUCAUAUAGAAUGCGAUAUUAAUCCAACGUCAUCCCUUCGGUUGUCUUUUUUUCGUUUUCGUUUUAAAUAUGUAUCUCCGUCGCCAAUAAGAUACAUGAUUUGAUAAAAUGAGAGGAGAGCAUCGGGGAUCAUUGUCGAGUCCUUAUUAGCUCUUCGAAUAUCAGAGGAGUCGUGUCCAUUGAAAGAGAAAAAAAAGGAGUUACUUAACCAACUUAAGUCAUUAUCGGGAUAGAAUAACAAAUUCUGUGUAAAAUAAUCGUGGAAUAUGUAGCAAAUUUUUAAUAUACAUAUUUAACAAUAUUUAUACGUAAAUGAUAAAAAAAAAUACAAGACUUUAUAAUUUGACCUGUUUGUUAUAAAUGAUGAUUUUAUCGA